GCCGUAUAUCACAUUCCCGUCUAAACCACCUCCCGUUUUCCUCUUUCUUGCUUUCUCUCUAUUAUCUACGGAGUACUGUAUUUUCUCUCUCCUCAAUCAACCAUCAUACGUAUAUCUCACAUCUGCUUUGCCGGGCACUUGCGAAAUACUCCGCCGUCCACCGAUGAUAUCCGACAGGCAGGAAACAGGUUUGGGGGAAUUGAGGUAUUCGUAUUGCAUUGCAGAGUUUGACUCGGUAAGAGGAAGAAACAGAGUCUAGGGUUUUCGUGUCCUGGAGCUGCGGUUAUUACUACAGGGAUUUCAGUAGUAUCGGUGGUUUUGCUUCAUUGGUUGAUAUUUUGUGACCUGGAAGAUAGGUGUGGCCGUUUGGGUUAGGGGAUAAUGUGUAUACUCUGCGUUAUUCAGAAGUGGUCUCGGAGGGUUGCCACCAUGUUGCCUUGGUUAGUGAUUCCACUUAUUGGGCUAUGGGCACUAUCACAGGCAUUGCCACCAGCUUUCCGGUUUGAAAUCACGUCUCCUAGGCUGGCUUGUGUGUUUGUACUCUUGGUUACACUCUUCUGGUACGAGGUUUUGAUGCCUAGAUUGUCCGCUUGGCGGGCGAGGAGGAAUGCUAUGCUGAGGGAGAGGAAGAGGCUUGAAGCAAUUGAAAUGCAGAAGUUGCGAAAAAUGGCCACUAGGAGAUGUAGAAAUUGUCUGACUCCUUACAGAGACCAGAGUCCUGGCGCGGGCAAGUUCAUGUGUGCAUAUUGUGGCCAUGUUUCUAAAAGGCCAGUACUGGAGUUACCCAGUGGAAUAGGUUUGGGCUUGUCAAAUUCUGGUAUUUUGAAGGGCUUGGUUGGGAAAAGCGGGAAGAUAUUGAAUGGAAAGGUUUGGUCUGAUAGUGGGUGGACAUAUGGACAGGACUGGAUUGAGAAUGGAAGUUGGGUCAGUGGCUCUUUUGUGGGAAAAUCAAGCUACUGGAUCAAGAAUGGGGGUGGGGUUUUAGAGGGUGAUCAUUGCUUAGCGAAAAAGUCUUAUUUUCGGGUGUUUGUAUUUGCUCGUAAAGCAUUUACAGCUGUUUACACGGGUAUCUUGUGGCUUUGUAGAAAAAUCUUUAGGGUUAGUUCUUCCAGAGGUGAUGCUUCAGUUGAAGCUGAGGGUAGAGGAAUAUUGGAUAAAAGAGGUGAAAAUGGAGGAAAUUGUCAAGAGAGUAAAGGGGAGAAAGCUCGAAGGAAAGCAGAGGAGAAAAGGCAGGCUAGGUUAGAAAAAGAGCAUUUGGAGGAAGAAGAACGAAAACAAAGGGAGGAAGUUGCUAGAUUGGUAGAAGAGCGCAGAAGAUUACGGGAUGAAAAAACGGAGGCUGAAAAAGAGCGUGGGAAAGGUUCUUCUCCUAAGGAAAGAGAUGGUAAAAAGGAGUCAAGAAAAAGACAUCAAGAGAAGAAAAAAGAAAGAGACCGGGGGUCUAGCAAAAGCAACUCAGAUGCAGAAGAACUGGAAAAAAGAGUGGGAAAGGAAAGCGAGCGUAACAAACGGAAUGAGAAUGAUCGAAGGGAUCAGAGGAUUGGGUCUGAAUGUUUGAAAGCUCAAAGCAAUGAAGUUGGAAAUGCUUUUAAGGGUUCUAAUGCAAACAAUCAGAACCGUGGGAAUAAUGGAACGCGGUACUUAGAACGUAUGAGGGGAACUCUUUUGUCAUCUUCUAAUGCAUUAACUACAGGUGGAUUUUUCGGAAAGAGUACCAAUCCAUCCACAUAUGCUCCUAGGAGGGAACUACCUCAGCCAGAUCGCUUGUCUGUUAGAACUAAUAUAAAUGGAGAUGAUAAGAGCAUCAAUCAUCCUGUACUCAUUGAAUCACCUGUGCAUACAGCUCCCAAAAAGUCUUGGCAACAAUUAUUUACCCGCUCACCUGUGUCUCCACCCUCUAAUUCAAAUGUCAUAAGGAGACCAACUGCGAAAUCCCAAGAAGGACAAAACAGUCCUCCUUAUGCCAGUCACUCGCCACCUGUUCAAGCAUUUGACAAUCCUAUUAAUUUUGGACUCCCAUCUCCGUUCAAUUUAUCUUCUCUCACUUUUGGUGCACCAACAAGUAGCAGCACAUCUGUUCCAUUAUCAUCUGAAACUAUAUUUCCUCGUAUAGGAGAAGCAUCAUCUCCAUUAGUGAAUGAGGAAUCAGAGAAUUAUGAGGAUCCAUGCUAUGAAACUGAUCCAGUAGCUUUACUUGGACCAGUUUCUGAGUCCCUUGAUAACUUUCACCUAGACCUAGGUUUCAAAGCAGACACAGGUUUAGAAAAACUGCCUGCUAGUAGUAAUUUUCUUUCAUCUUCUGAAGUGACUAGGCCAUCACCAAUUGAGUCUCCGGUAUCCCGGUCUCGAGUUCAUGAUGAGAGGAGCACUAACUCUUUUCAUUUCCCCACUACUCCCAAGACUCAGGAUUUGCCUAAUGGAGCAAAGGAUGAUUUGUGUGAGGGAAAUGAUGCAGGAUGGCAAAUGUGGAAGAGCCCUCCUCUUGGUCAGGGUAGUCUAGGUUUAAUUGGUGGUCCAUCUUCAUGGCUUUUGAAUCAGGAACUGAACAUAUUGACUCGGGAGGAACAUAUUACUCAUCCUGCACCUCAGAAGACUAUGGCGUCACUUUUUAGAAAUGACGAGCAACUCCUUCCUGGCAUUCAUCAUUUGCAGACAGGUUUCACUGGAAGUUGUCAGAGUGGUGGAACGUUUGUUACAUCUAUGCUUGGAAAUGGUGAUAGCAUAUUUUCAAAUCCUAUAACUGGGACAGUUUCUGGAGGUGAAAAUCAGUACUGUCUUAAGCCAAAGGGGGAAACCAUACCAAAUGAAUUGAUAUAUGGAGGUCAUGGUGCAGUUGCCAUUAACCAUCAAUUUGAGUUACCUUCAGCUAAUUCUUGGGCCAAAAAGGAGUGGACUGUGCAAGGUCGGAGCGAUGGUGUUGGAACAUCUCCUAUGUCAGAUGUUGGUGGUCUAUAUUCCGCACCAAUGGCACAAUCUCUUUGGUCAUACAAGUGAGAGAACAGAAGAGGUUUUUUUAUUAUUUUAUUUAUGGAAAGCCCAAAAAAAUGAUAGGGGUAUGAGGGGCAAGAGUAUACCUCCCACUCUUGAGGGGAAAACCGCCUCUUUUGGAGGAGAGUUUAGAAUACUGAAGCAAUGUAUCUUCCUACUUUUCUUUACAAAGGGAAGAUUUACUUUAGCUUUUGCAUCUUCACUUGAUAGCGAUGCGCAUGGCAAUGCAUGUUUAUUAUUCUCGAGCGCAAAUCAGUUGGUGAGAGGAAAUCAUUGCAACCAUCCUUUUGUAAUGAUCCUUUUAUAUUGCUUCUCCCUGAAAAAUAUUGGUCUCUCUCAAAUUGAGGUCCCUAAUAUACUUCUUCGCCUUGUUGAAAUAGUGUUCAUGUUUCCUUUUAAG